AUGCCUUCUGCCAGGCUGCCGGCGAGCCCUUCUCCGACGGAAGCCCCAACAGACCCGGAAGGGUUUGGCUUGACCGUGGCAGCGUUCAGGCCAAUUGCAGUGAACUCGCAGCGGGACGCGAGCAGCACGCAACAACGAUACGAAUCAACAGAGCUUGGACGAACACCCGACGAGGCUUUGGGCGUGCGGGAACCUGCCCAGAACCUCGGUGUAUCACCUCCACCAUCGCCUCUGCUGGCCGCCGCAGGACAGCCACCAGCACCAGUGCCGCUACCGCAGUCAGGCGCGCCCGGUGCACGCAACUAUCUCGACAUCAUUCGAUCACCAGCGCCUACGCGACCGAGCUCCCCUGCUUCGCUGACUGUCGAGCCGUCAGUCGAGCCGCCGCACAGCUUCCAGUCCGCCGUCUCACGCGACCCGCCCUCUGGGGCUGAUGUCGCAGCUGAGACCGCUGCUACUGUCAACUCUACGUACGCCUCCCCCUCGCCGGGGAAUGGAGCCUGCAGGGCAGGGGGCAGGGCAAGGAGCGAUUCGGAUUUUUUGGCGCCUGUCGGUCCGGCAUCCGGCACGCCUCCCGACGCCUCGCUCGUCUCUCCGAUUACGGAUGAUGUCGCGGCCGAGGCAGCAGCCGCUGGCAAGGCAGGCGGCACCUUCAACGCCGACUCUGCUGGCAAGGAGGCGAGCAUCUCCUUAACCUUCGAGAUCCUCGGCAGGGAUGCGCCAGCAUGUCUGGUCCGUGACGUCGAGCAGCUUAUGAAGGAGAGCUUCGACGAGUGGCCCGCUACGCUAUUAGACUACCGCCGCGGCUACCGCACGCUCGUCGCGUUGAACGAGCAGAGGGAACUCCUCGCUGCAUGCUGGUUUGUCAGCUGCAUGCUGGUUUGUCAGACCCGCCUCUACUGCCCGGCAUUUGCGACUCGUCGCGAGUUCCGGGGCCAGGGCAUCGGCGAGGCGAUGAUGACCGAACUCAAGGCGAUUGCCGACGGUGGGCGGGUCUUGAUCGCCGCAGAACUGGGCAGCGUCGCGCUCUGGCAGCGCUGGGGUUUCUGCAGAUGCCGCGAUGGGCGCGAGGACGAAGAGGCGUGGGCUCUUGACGCAGCGUACGGCGUCUUCACUCGCGCAUCCACACGGCUGAUGCGCGGCAAAAUACGAGCCGAGGUCAGGGACCGAUGCUGGGACCAGUACUACAGCGGGAAACCUCGACCGUACCGGUACGAACGACGCAAAAACCUCACGCCCUCGCCGCCGAUAGCGGAUAACGCCGCAGCCAGAGCCGCAGCCGCAGACUGCUCACCUGACGCGCUCGACGGUGUCUCCACUGCCGACUCGCCGGAUACCGGCUUCACGAGCGCACGACCCCCUCAUCUCUCGGCCGUGUCGCUCGAGACGAGCUCUGGCUUGGUGGAACAUUUGAACUACCAAGCCGGCGCCGCCCUGGGCAAGGCGUUAAAACUGAGCAACGUCUAUUGGGGCACGACGCUAAAUUGCAUCCCACCUACCAUCAGACGCUGA